CCAUACCAGGCCCCGCCCCCGGAGCCGCGGGUCCCACAUCCUUAUUUGCGCUCCGCACACGGAGGGCGUUUCAACCAACCGAGGGAUGUCGCGAAUGGCCGUUCUGAGUGAUCUGUAGAGGACUUAUUGUGGCGUUUGUCUGCGUUUCGUCAUUUACAGAUUCUGACCAAGAUUACUCUUUCUGCGGCGGGUUUUCCUCGAGUAGGCCCGCGUUCCCCCACCGUGCCUCGGAUCAGAGCCGGGGUGCAGGCCGAGGAGGAGGACUAGCUCGGGGAGACAUGGAGGCCAACCCUGCAGAGGGAGGCAUUUAUCUGUGAGGUGAACCGAAGCUCCAACAAUGGACCACUCACACAUCGGUGGGGACAUGUCCCCUCCGUAUGCGCCAAGGAAGAGGAAGUCGGGCCAGGCUCAGCCCAAGGGCGGUGUGCCAUGUCCAGUUGUAACAGUGGUUCACCGACUGCCAGACAGAGCCUUUGAGUUGAGCGUCCUUGGACAUUCAAAGAGUGACGAGGCCCAAGACGCUCAUAAAAUGAAAAGGACUUAUGGUAGGAAGAGGUUUGAGGACCCCCAGGGCGUCCCGGGGGGCCCGCUGGAGUACCCCACCACCAGCUGCUCUGUGAUGUCUUCAGGCCCCCUGGCCAACGGCUCGGACAUGGGCUCUGUAGCCCAGCCCGCUGCCAGACUGCCACCAAGGCUGGUAGCCAAGGACGCCUGGCCUACGGCCCCGGAGUCGGGCAGGAUGAGGCCCCAGCCUCAGGCCCAGCCCUGGAACCCCAGUCGGGAGAGGCUCUCUGAGGCCCAGAGCUGGGCUGCGGGUCGAGAGCGGCCCCAGGAGCAGCUCUGGAGUUCCAGCAGAGACCGAUCGGGACACCCGGGGCAAGACCAGAGCUGGAUCCCAGGAAGAGAGCGAGGCCACACCGAACAGGCAUGGGCCAGCGGGCGGGAGAGGGGCCCCGAACAGGCCUGGAGCUCUGGGAGGGACCGAGCCCAGGAUCAGGCUUGGAACCCGGGGCGUGAGCCUGGACGGGACAGACCCCUCUCUGGGAACGGGCAGGGCUGGGGUGCUGGGCGCAGCCAAGACCAGGCCUGGGGCUCAGCCGCCAGGGACCGAGGAGAAGCACAAGUCUGGAGACCUGACUUGCCUUUAAAGAAGAGCCAGAGAGUCGAAGUUGAGAGGAAUCAGCCGGUAAUCACCUAUCAACAGGCCCCAGAAAACAAAACCUCUGGUUCAGACUCGGUGGACGUAAGAGACCUCCAGAGCAACGCAGAGCACAACGCGGCCCGGCCCAGCGAGGAGCCCAGACCGCUGCUCCCCCCCUCCAGGAAGGAGCUCCCUUCCUACCCUCCAGGCAGCCAAGAGGAGCGCUGGCAGCUGCAUAUCGUGGCCAAAGGAAGGGUGACCUGUCCCAAGUGCAAGAGUGUCAGCAGGAAGACCGUGGAGGGCUUGAAGAAACACAUGGAGAACUGCCGCCUGCAACCGUUCAGCUGUCCACACUGUGGGAAACAACUCAAGUCUUCAACUGGGAUGAAGUACCACGUCAUGGCCGACCAUAGCAACUUGCCCUCUCUGGACGAUUCCCAAGGCUUGGACGAACGUGCUGUCAAAGAGAAACUGCGCAAAAUUCUGAAGAGACUUGGAAAGUUAAAGUGUUCCCGCGAGGGCUGCACUUCAGGCUUCACUAGCAUCAUGGGCUAUGUGUACCACAUGAAGAAGUGUGGUAAGCAGGAGUCUGAGCUGGAGAAGAUGCUGCUCAACUGCUCUCACUGUGGGAAGGCCUACAAGUCAAAGGCCGGUCUGGAGUACCACCUCAAGUCAGAGCAUGCCCCCGUGCCCCAGCAGCAGGAGGAGGAAGAGGAGGCCCUUAAAGCCCAGAGCGAGGCCGACCCAGAGCUCACGGCCAGCGGCCGGGUGCAGCGGGCCUCGGCCCAGGUGGCCAACUUCCACCUGGCCGAGAUCGCCCACAACGACCUGCCCAAAGACUGGCCCAAGAGGAAGUUCCAGUCGGACCUCGUGCCAGACGACAAAAAGCUGAAGUACGCCCGUCCAGGUCUGCCUGCCUUCAGCCAGGAGGUCCUCAGGAAGUGGAAGAACGAGGUGAAGCUGCAGAGGAAGGUCCAGUGCCCCAACCAGGGCUGUGGCUGCACCUACACCAGUGUCUCUGGCCUGAAGGCCCACCUGGGACUCUGCACUAAGGGUGACUUUGAGGCGGGGAAAUACCGUUGUUUGAUCUGCGGCAAGGAGUUCAAUUCUGAGAGUGGAGUCAAGUAUCACAUCAACUCUGUUCAUUCACAGGAAUGGUUUGUGACGAACAAGAAAGCAUCAAAGAAGUUUGAAAAGUACCUUCGGAGUCGGCCCAAGGAGAUGGUGCAUGGAGUGGACCAGCACAUCAUCGAGCAGUACCACCAGCAUCACAUGAACCACCACCACCUCCACCAUCACCACCUGCAGCACCACCAGCAGCAGCACCACCAUCAACACCACCAGCACGAUCAGCAGCUCCAGCAGAUCCAGCACCAACCCUUGCAGCAGCCUCUGCAGCCCCUGCAUCACCUGCAGCACCAGGCCCACCUCCUGCACGCGUUGGAGCACCAGCAGCACCACCACCACAGCCACAGUGUUCCCCAGAUGGAGCCGCAGCUCAGCCAGGAGGUGCAGCAGCAGCAGCAGCAGCAGCAGCAGCAGCAGCAGCAGCCACCGCCACCACUCCUCCACUACACCCCGCUGGAGCCGCCCGCGGGCUCCAUGUGGGUGGAGGUGGAGCGGAGGGAGGUGGUGGCCGGGGGCGGGCCGGGGGCAGAGCUGACCCAGGUGGAGAUGGUGAGUGUAGACAAAACCCGGCCGAUGGACGGAGGAGCGGGGAGCGGGGGCUCAGAGUGCAAGCGGAGAGAGAAGGCGGAGCGGGGCAAGGCGGAGAGCAGGAGGAAGGAUUGCUUCGCUUACGGAGGAGGAGGAGGAGGGGGGGGGGGUGGAGUGGCUGUGGGCGGGAGCAGCAGCAGUAGUAGCAGCAGCAGCAGCAAUACGGGCAGCUCGUCCAGCGAAUCAGAGCUGGAGCAGCAGGAGAGGCAGAGACAGAUCGACCAGUGGAACCUGAAGAGGCCUGGGAACAUGGAGGUCCACCACGAGGCUGCUAAACGCCAGAGGAACACCUAA